AUGGCUACGAACAAGGCGAAUCUGAGUGCCGAACAGAGACGACUCGUGCAUGUGUACUACCGCGAGUUGCGAGAUUUCUUCAGCGUCACUGGUGCAAAGCAUGACCGAUCGAGCUCUGCACGGGCGCAAAAGGCUAGAUCCAAGCUUUUGAAGCUGUAUUCUUCUCAGUUUUUCGAGCUCAGCACGGAUGUACAUGACGAGCUUCAAAGACGUAUAGAUGAAAAUCAAGCGCAGCCUGACCACUUAUUACCCAGGGACAAUUUCCACGUCAAGCGUAAUCAGGCUCGUCAGAAACUAGCCAACCUGUCAGAGUCAAGAUUCAACGACUUGGUAGACGACAUUCUGUAUGAAAUUAAAAGACGAAACUACCACGAACUUCCCGAGCCUCAAACUCCCCUUUCGCCGUCCAGGGAUCAUUCCAAUCUAAUUGAGGAUACAGAUGCAAACAGCUCAUCGCAAUCUGUAUUGCACAUCGAUCCUCAUCCCCUAAACACCCACAGCGAGGGUUCCGCGGCCCGCGAAGAACAGGAGUUGGACCUCCCAACACCGAAAAAUUUGCUUUCUGACGUCGAAAAGGAAGCGCCAAGUAGUAUAGCACCAAACACAGCUAUUCAACAGUCUCAAGUGAUACCAAAGAAGGCCUCUAUCGAGUGGAGUUCCGACGAAGAGGAGCAAGAUCUAGAAGCUGCACAUCUUCAAAGUCAGCCAGACGUCACGCCGACAAUUUCGGUUUCGAAGCAGACCAAUGAACCGCUUUUAUUCUCGGAACAACAGGGCCCCAUUCAAAGCUCAGGUAAUCAUACAGGAGUGAGCGAAAAAUCUGUUCUCGAAGAUUUCACUCAACGAUCACAGCUUCUGGAGGAUUCUGAUAGAUCUGAUCUCGAAAACGAGACUCCUUUCUCGCCCGAUCUCAAGGCCGCGAUAUUUGGUGAAAAGUCGAAACAAAUUAGCACAACAACAACGAGCUCUAUUCAUAGUAGUGAGCAAGAAGAAUUAGAGGGCUACUCAAACAAGCUUUCGUCCCUUGAUGAAACCAAGGGCCUCAGUAUAGCAGACAGAGCACAAGAAUCGCCACAAAAGGCUUCCGCUGGCGAUGACGUGUUUGGACAACGGCUCGAGUUCUCGGAGGAUCCCUCCGAUGGCACAGCUGGUCCUGUAGAUCAAGAAAGAGGUUCUACAAUAUUAAAAGAUGACAGUGAGUACACCCCAAAAUCUGGGAAGAGUUCAAAGCUAUCGCCCUUGAGAUCCAUCUGGGCUUCUAACUCCACUAGGGAUAAUGAAAAUGACCUCUCUCGAGACAUUGACACCGAAGGAGUAGAGAGCAGAUCUCCGAGCAAGCUGUCUAGAAGCCUACCCUAUAAUGAUGCUGAAUCUUCAAGGUCAAAUGAAAACGGGAUGGACCUAAAAAACCAACCAAGGCAUAUUGGCUCCAUUAAGAGGGUCUCAUUAGAGCACGAAAACUCGAAGCGUGAGAUAGAAGUGCUUCUUUUAGAGGGAACGAAAAUGGACGAAAAGAUCACUGAGUUGGAAAAGACCAAUGCACAGCUGUUGUCUGCCAGAAGCAGCUUAGAGAAUGAAUUACACAUACAUCGAGAUCAAAAUUCAGCACUGAGGAAGCAGGUCGAAGAAAUAAGCAAAGAGUGCGAAGCUGCGACUAACGAAAUUUCACGGCUGAAGGAAACGCAGUCUCAAAACACUCAGCAAACCAGCAGAUCUAUAGAUCAAACGCAUCAACAUGAGUUUAUGACCUUGACAAGGCAAUUUAACACGUUGUCCAUUGAAAACGAGCGGCUCAAACAGGAACUCGCGGAGUUAGAGCUGAAAUUGAAGACAUACACAUACAAUAAGCAACCUGAAGUCGUGAAACAGAACGAAAAAUCCAUAGAAUCUGUGGGCGAACAAAUAGUAUCAAAGACUAUAAAACUGGGUCAUGAUUUGGCGAGGCAUUAUUUCUCGCAAGAAGGUUUGAUUCCGUUGGAUCUUCUUUCAUCAUUUAACUCGCACAUUGUAACUAUUUUCGAGCAUCUUAACGGGGAAAGGUCGGAUGCGAGCUUCGGACAUCAGCUUUUUGAGGACUUGGCUUGUGUUGCCGACACAGUGCAAAAGCUUAUUGAAAAGGUCGAUGCUCCCGACAACAAAGAGCACCUCGCAGUCUUAAAAGCAGCGCUAUCGCAUGCCAUCACCUCUGUUCGGUUCUUCGCCACCUAUCAUGAUAUACUGCCGCUUGUAACGGUGAAUAGUGCAAUAUCAGACAUUAGCUUUGCUGUUUGCCAGAUAGUUGACGUCGUCAAAAUCACUGAAUCCACUCAAAGAAAAGAUUCAGGAGCCGAACAAGCCCAGCAGAUUCCACAGACCCCAAGCACAAAAGUGUGGCUAGGGCCUCAAGAUCACGAAUUCGACACAAACUUGCAGGACCCUCGCGAAAGCUUUCAAAUUUUCUCGAAUGACCAAGGGAAUGUGUCUCCUGUCAAGCCUCUGAAAAUCACCCAAAAAGUUGUCAAAAAUUCUCCACCCACAAAAAGCACGCAUACUAGUAGAAAACCAUCGAGUACAUUGUUUGCUUCCAUUGUGAAUCCUAGUUCAGCUGGAGAAAAUUCGCCAGAGAAUUUGCAGUUUCCUAGAACGCGCUCUGGCUCUUCCGCCAGCAGGCUCGAAAGUAAAAACAUACCAUCGACUUCCAAAACCAAUUCUCAACAGAUGGACGUGCGACCAAUCAGUCAACGCGAUGAAAGCGAAACUGUAUACUCACCAUCCACUCCGUCGCUUGUCGCUUCAAUUGAAGAAAGAAAGCUGCCCAGCACGGAGCCUAAAUCUGUUGUGGUUUCGGAAAAGGCUGAAGACGGCUUACAAUUGUCUACAAAGGCAGAGCCCGGUGCAUUCGGAAAGCUUCGUGCUAGUACGACCAGAAGAGCUACCGACUUAAAUCAUGAUCUUUCGUCGGGAGAUGAAUCGACGGAUGAAAAUGAUCGCCACAAAAACGAUGAUAGUAACCUUACGAGUGAUGAUGACCUGACCUAUCAGGCGCUUAAGCAGACUCUACAGAAGAAACAGAAACAAGAAAAUGAUGUUGAUGGCCACAAAUCCGCCGAUUUCAAUGAAACUUCGAAGUCGAGCGCCUUACCACGCAGUGAUUUCGAGCAAACAAUACAUGGGAACAGCGAACUCUCAAAAAUAACGCCAGACGUGAAACAACCCGCAAACUCUGAACAGCCUUUAGAUUUAACACAAACUAAGCAAUCUGAGGGCAGAAGUAAGACUGAUGUUGAGAAGGAAGAUAUUUCGCAGCAACCGUUAGUCUCACAGUCCACUAAUAAACUCUCUUUUUCAUCCGAGGUUGAGGAUCCCGUAGUCAAAAAUACGAGCCGGAUCACUACGAAUGAAAAUCUGGAUAAGGCUGCCUCGAAAAGAGACGCAGAAAGCAGCUCCGAAAAAGGAGAAAAAAAGAAGCUAGGACAGCCUUCUACGAAUUCUGUUGCCGACGUCAGCAGCGUAAAUGGGAGUGAGGAAAGCUCUACGAAAAAGGAGCGAGGAUUUGAUCGAGAAUUGUCUCAAGCUCCACACACGUCACAAGCUACAGAUUCGAUGAUUAAAGAAGAUGAUUUCAGGAAAGUUAGCGAGAAGAGGAUCAUCAACGCUUCUGAUACUACUCAAAAACCUAUUAUAAAGCUGGAAGACUUCAGUUCCCCAGAAAAGGAGCACUUUGAAAUCAAAAAAGAAGAUGACAAUGGCUGGAUGAGAUCGAGGUCCGAAAACGAAGUGUCCGCUAAUGUGGAAUCAACAAAAAUUGCAGAAGAAGCAAGUGUGGGUAGAGAGUCUGGAGACGAAGGGGACUUUGAUAUCGACGCAUUUGACAUCGAGAACCCAGAUAAUACUUUGUCAGAACUAUUGUUGUAUUUGGAACAUCGCACCAUAGAAGUAAUCAGCACGAUUCAGUCUUUGCUGACUUCUAUCAAGCAACCGCAGGCACUGAAAGGUGAGCUUUGCAGCGACUCUUCCGCGAUAAAUCAGGUCAUCGCCCAGAUGGUGGAGGCUACUAAUGUUUCUAUGGCUCAGUCGCGUAAUGCCGCGCUGAAAGAGCAUGGGAAUUGGGUUGUUCAAAGUUUGAAAGAUUGCAAGAGAAGAAUGACCUCGUUGUGUCAUUUGAAGGAAGACGGUACCAUCAAAGUGGACGAAAUUGAUGACGAAUAUGCCAACAAGCAUUUCAAGCAGCGCUUGGCUGGCAUAGCAUUUGACGUUGCCAAGUGUACUAAAGAACUGGUGAAGACAGUCGAAGAAGCGAGUUUGAAAGAGGAAAUCGAGUAUCUUAAUUCCAAGCUUACCCGUUGA